GAUACGGGGACACGGAGAGAGAGAGAGAGAGUGUGUGUGAGUGCAGGGGGAGAGUGAGAUAGAGAGAGACGGAGAGAGAGAGGAAGAGCGAGAGACAUAUACAUGCAUAGAGGAGGAGGAGGAGGAGGGGGAGGCUCCUGAUACCAAGACACGGAAAAGCAGGGGAGGGAAAGAGAGAAAGAAAAAAAAGGGGCUGGUGGAGGAAGAAGAGCGGGGAGUGGGAGAAAACAGGGGGAAUAACACUUAAAGAAAGCAUACAGAGGAGAGGAAGGACAGUACCUAGUGCUUUGGACGUCCCCUCCUUUCUUCUCCCAGGCUGUCACACCAGAUUGGACUCCGAAGGACCGACACCGCGUCCACCCCAGACCCCAUGGGGUAACAGCAAACGUUUGGAGGAGAGGCUUUUGUUCAGCUACACAGAUGAACAACAGGAAGGAGGACAUGGAGAUCGCCUCUCACUACCGUCAGCUCCUCAGAGAGCUCAAUGAGCAGAGGCAGCACGGCAUCCUCUGCGACGCCUGUGUCAUUGUGGACGGAAAGAUCUUCAAGGCCCAUAAGAAUGUCCUCCUGGGCUCCUCACGCUACUUCAAGACUCUUUACUGCCAGGUUAAAAAAGGGGCAGAACCUCACCACCAGACUACUGUCACUCACCUGGACAUCGUCACAGCAACAGGCUUCAAAGCCAUCCUGGACUUCAUGUACUCAGCGCACCUCGCCCUCACCAGUAAGAACGUGAUCGAGGUCAUGUCAGCCGCCAGCUACCUGCAGAUGACAGACAUUGUCCAGGCCUGCCACAGCUUCAUCAAGGCUGCGCUGGACAUCAGCAUCCGCUCUGAGAUGGCUGACGAACUGGCCGACUUUGAGAUGGGAGCUGUUGCUGCUGCUGGCAUAGGUGGAGGUGGAGGAGGUGGAGGAGGAGUGGGUAUAGCAGGAGCAGGGGGUGUUGCGGGAGCGGGUUUAGGAGGAGGAGGAGGAGGUAUAGUGGGCAUGGCUUCUGAAGCCCUGGCUUCCAUCAUGUCCGGUCGCAGCACCUCCCCUUGGCUGGCACGCCGCACCAGCCCGGCCAACUCUUCUGGGGACUCGGCCAUCGCCAGCUGCCACGAGGGAGGCAGCACGUAUGGCAAGGAGGACCAAGAACCCCCAAAGAGCCAUGAGAGCCAGGAGGAAGCCUGCCAUGACUCCCAGCCUGCCUGGCCGCACGACUACAGGCCUGUCACCGUCAAAGAGGAACAGGUGUCCCCCGCCUCCUCCUCUCAUCCCCGGGACACUCCCAGGGGGGCAGCCCAGAGCCAAGGGGAACAAGGGGCUGUAGGGGCUGCUGGAGCAGGUGGAGAGGGGCCCUGGCAACCCCUAUCAGGGUCAGGGCGGAGAAAGAACAGGAAGAACAAGGACACGGUCAGACACAUUACCCAGCAGGCUGAGAGGAACUGGGACAGAGAGCGGGACAGGGAGAGAGACAGGGACAGUAGGCCUGGAUCUCCUCUGCCCUCCAUGCUGGCUGUGGCUGGAUGGAACUACAACGGACAGGAAAUCCCAGGGGCAGACGUGACCGAACCCAACAGCUCAGACAGCCGUGGCGAACGCCUCGACUUCUUCCUCAAACAGGAAGAGGCUCUUACCACAGAGCCCAGCUAUCUGGGCCCCAACGAAUCGGAGGAGGCGGGGGGUGGAGCCGGGGGUGGAACAAUCUCAUCUGUAGCCAAUCUGAAGGCGGCGCUGAUGAGUAAGAACAGCCUGCUUUCACUGCGGGCUGAGAUGAUGGGAGAUGAUAACCCCUUGCUGUACGAGUACCUGCCCAAAGGAGGACACUCCCUGUCUUGGCUCCGCUCCAACAACUACUGCAGCACGCUCCGGCCAGGGGCCACAGGGGCCACUAUUCAUAACAAACAGGGGGCUGGCUCCUCUCCUCCUCCUCCUCCUCUUCCUCUUCUUCCUCCUCAUCUUCCACCAUCACCACCACUACCGCCAUCAUCAACAUCAGCAUACUGCCCACCCACUCCACCCACGCCACUGCACCCCUCUGAGCCUCGGCCCCUGGAGGCCCCCGGUCUGCGGGCUGGGGCACCCCCACUGCGCUCAGAAGGGUUGGACAUGGAAGUGGAAGAGGCCCCUCAGGGCCCGGAGCCCUCCACCCUGGUUGAGGAGGGUGUAAAAGACAAAGACGACAUGAAGGAAUACAACACAGCCUUGGAAGGUGACCAGUCUCCUGUCGAGAGGGAUCAGAUGGGCGAAGAGAGCUGGGCUGGUGGCUUGACUGUGCCUGCGUCAGUGUCCGUGGCUGGCAGAGGGACUAAAGGGCUGAGGGUACUAGUGAAUGACUUCACCGUGAUCCGUAAAAAGUUCAAGUGCCCCUACUGCAGUUUCUCUGCUAUGCACCAGUGCAUCCUAAAGAGGCACAUGCGCUCCCACACUGGUGAGAGGCCCUACCCCUGUGAAAUCUGUGGCAAGAAGUUCACCAGAAGGGAGCACAUGAAGAGGCACACACUGGUCCACAGCAAAGACAAGAAGUAUGUGUGUAAAGUGUGCAGCCGAGUCUUCAUGUCAGCAGCCAGCGUUGGAAUCAAACACGGCUCGCGUCGUCAUGGCGUCUGCGCUGACUGCUCUGGGCGGGGCAUGGCUGCACUGCUGGACCACAACGGGGAGGUGGGAGGAGACAUCUCACCGGAGGAGGAGCUGUAUCCCGGCGAUCGUUUCCACGACGACCAGGCGGAGUGCGACGGUGAUGGAGAGGGGGAGGAAGAGAUGAUGGUCGAAGGGGACGGGGAGAUGAUGGGAGAAGGGGAGGAGGAAGGAGGGAAGUGGAAAGACUCAGGGAUGACCGCUGAGGCACACGGAGCACUGGACAAUGAGAAGGAGGAGAGCGACUCCUCUGCACAGGAGGGGGAGCAACAGAACGGGAGUGAGAGGGACUUUGCCUGGAUCUCCUAGAAUCUGUCAGGCUCCUGUCAGUGGUUCGUCAACCAAUCUCUGAAGAUCUCUUGCGAUCUCUCCGGGCAGAACCCUCUGCUCUCUUUACCCAUUCGUCCCACUGUGGGCAGGCCUUCCUUUGAAUGGAAAUGCUGUAGGGUGACGCGCGACAAUGAUCUAACACCAUUACGAGUAAACACACUCAAGUGCACACACAUACACACAGAGACACACACACACACACACACACACACACACACACACACACACACACACACACACACACACUUAGGCUAUUCUCAACCUUGACUGCCAUAGUAGAAGAAGAGUGGUCAAGAGAUGGCUCGAGUGCAAGGCUUUUUCUGCUUACCUCCUUUACUUCUGAUGCAGUGUUUUUGUGUUUCUUUUUCUUGAGGGUUCAGGCCAGAGUCCAGUAGUUUUCUACUCUGUCACAACAGGAAUCAGUGAGGACGCUGCCAAGGACAUGGCCAAUGCCAGACUGCAACUUUGUAUGUUUGCCAUCACAAUCACCAUGGAAACCAAGGAUCACUGACAGUGUAGGGAAAGCCACCUCGGCUGUAAUGUUUCUGUGGGAAAGUGUCUCUCUACAAGUGAAGGGAGAGUCUAAAUCUAUUGCAAAGCUAUGUGUGUCAGAGGACCGGGCAGCCCGAUGGCACAUUGUUGAUGCAGAGUCCUACUGCCACAGACUUGCACUUUAAUGACAACUGACUCCUAUCAAAGCCCUGAACCCGUGGUUUACAUUUUUGAUCUGAUCUUUACUUACCUAAACAACUCGGUGACCGCACCUACCUUUAAGGAUAUACUUUAUGUCCUCUUGACUGUUAAUACGAUAUAGAAAUCACUGAAUCUUUGUGCAGAUUGCUGUUUAUAUAGCCUUUGCCUUUCAGUGGGGUCCUUAAUCUUUUCUUCACUUAAGUUUACCACACGGUUUCUAUCAAUCCAUUCCAACAAAUACUGGAGAUGUGACUAAUGUACAUACGAUUUUUGGAAUUUAAAAGUGUGUGUGAGACUGAGAGAGACGGAGAGAGAUUGAAAGAGACUUUUACAGUGUAUGUAAGAGUUUUAACCCUCUUUAUACACAAAGUGGACAUCAAUUUCUGUUUCCUUGUUUGGAAAAUCAACACAAGCACACAAGGGAUCCACAUGACCUACACUAUUAACUCUUUCUGUCUCUCUCGCUGUCUCUUGUGUUGAUAGGACCUGAGAGCCACGUCUCUCACACCUAAGGAGGAGCUGCCUUUUUUUUUUUCUUUUUUUUUCCUGUUUCUUUCCUGGUCAGUCAUGUAAUUCCAGUUUCUCAAUACAGAAUAUGCAGACUCUUUCCAUGGUUUAACUUUCUUUUGGUGAUAUAGUUUCUCCGGCUUUGUAAGGUUAAAAGAAGAGGAUCAAAAUUGUGCUUGAAAUUCCGAGUUUGAUAUUCGUAGAGAGUGUAAUAUUAAUUUGUUUUGUUUAACAGCUAUUUAUUGAAAACUGUUUGUGGAUUCCUAAUUUUUGAGAAGUCAUUCCCUCCUCUCUCUCUCUCUGUGUGUUGGGUAGAACAGGAUGGGUGUUUGUAUGCAAGAAUGUUUGAGUGUCCAGUGUCCAAAAAAAAGUCUAUAUUGAUUUCUUAAGAUUAUUUCCAUGUUAUUGACAAUUCAAGUGAGGCAGACGACAUGUCUUAUUAUUAUGAUUAUCAGAACUAUGAUUACUGUUGUUGAUGUUACUAUUAUUAAUUAUUAUUAAGUGCUGGAUGCUAAGCUUUAUUGUGUGUUCUUUUUUUGAUAUUUUAUAUCUUGUAUAAGAAAAAAAGCUUUUAUACUUUGCCUUGUUGUGGACAGCAAGCCAUGGGGCUUUUAUCAACCUUUUAUUGUGCCAGUUUACGCUUUUUCUGUCGUAUUUGCUUUUUUACCAAGGGGAAAAACAACUUCACUGUCAAACUUCUCUGUUAGAUAUUGAUUGAAACAUAUAUUCAGCACACGCAUUUGCAUCACUAAUGUACACUAAUUGAUUAAUAUCGAACCAAAAACAAUCUAGUACCUUGUAUACAUGAAGUGCUUUUGUUUCACAGUCUGUGUGUGCAGGUGCUUUUGGAUUUAUUGUUGUGAUUAACAGUUUUGUUGUUGGGUUGUUUUUAUUUUUGAACCUGUCACUAUUUGUCACAGUUUGAAAAAAGUGCAAAUGUUAAGGUAUUAUUGUGAAUAUGAAGGGCUGUGUGAAAGGACAGGCUAGAUUUAGAAGACGGCAUCCUUAAACCAAGCUGAAUUUUUUUUUCUUUUUUCUAAUUUCUAGUGUCUCCGCCUCGCAUGACACACAAUCAAGAAGAAAUGCAGCAUGCAGACAAAAUGCUUGUCUCAGACAGCAGAGUGAAGGGUCUACAUGCUGUAUUCCUAUCUGCCAGUGUUUUACUGGCUUGACUCUAGCUAAUUUACCUAAAGGGAAAGUGAGCACUGCAGCAGUAACUCUGGGAAACAUUUUGUUGCCAGUGCAGGUUGCACACAUCAGGCCUCUCUGCUACAGGUGCCAUGGACUGCACUUCCCAUUAACCCCCACUGAGAAAGUCUUAUUACAAUGCGAUUUGUGAUGCUUUCUUCAUGUCUGGCAACUGUCUUUAUCUUAUUUGUAUUAUUUAUUGUGUUUUUGUUUGACCCAUUAAUCAAAUAGUUGUAAUUUUUGGGGUGAAAAAAAAAAGACGAAAGACAAUGGGGUUAAGAUUUUUUAUGAAUGUCAAAGGUGGGUGUGGAAGGAGCCCAUGAUCGGUGACAAAUCUCUGUCCUGUGGUGCUGUUGUGGCCACUGAGAGACAUCUGGAUGUAUGUGUGAAUCCCCGGCCCUGCGCUCUUCUCACGACCUGUACUGUAUGUCUUCUUCCUCAUACUGGGUUGUACUUCAGGAAAACGUCUGCCAUCAACCCCUCAAUAUGUGCCUCAAUGACAUUUCACCUGUGUGCUUGUGAGAGUGUUUGUUUCCGAAAGAUGACUAUGUGUUGUAUGUUGAUGGAUAGAGAUUAAUAAAAAUGCGACUGAUCAGAUUAGAGGUGCAAAAUGUUUUUGAGGAUAAAACUUCAAACGAGACAAAUCAUGAUGGGCGACUAGAUUCUCCUUCCCACCGUGUGUUGAUGACCUUUUGUGCCCUGAUUCUGUGGUCUUAACUGCAUGCCUGUGCUCAUUUUGUCAUACCAAAGCGACGUCUUCGGCAUCUGCACACAACUGUCUCAUUCCACACGAUGCAAAACUGGAACUGUUUGCUCUAUUGCAGAUGAAUAUGGGUAUUCUUAGACGUGUACAAAUUGCAAUCCUCAUUUAGCCUGUAUAGCUUGAUUCACACGUGCAAAUCAUGAAGCCAUAGAUAUGGGUAUAUCUAUAUUAUACUAUAUUUCAAAAUUGGCGCUUUUUACUUUCGAUUUUGUUCUUCUACUAAGAGUGAUGUGUGUAUACCUUCAUAUAUAUGAAUUUAUAUUACUAUUAUAUAUUAUUUAUUUUCUCUCUCAAGUUUCAGAGGGUCUUUAAUUUGUAAAAGGUCGCACUUGAAGCUUGAGGUUUGUUUAUUUUCAUUGGGAAUAUUGUUCAAUAUGAUACUGACUUUAUAUUGAUGAUUAUCAUAAACCUGUGUUUGUAACAAAAUGUGUUAAAUAAUCAAAAAAACCUGUCCUGUUUUUACACCUGUUUUGUUUUGGGCAGAUUUAAGUGCUCUUGUGCAGAUAUUUUUCGGUUGAUAGUACUGAUCACAAAACAUUUUUACAGCCAACCAUGAGCCUCCUGUUUUGAUGUUGGGCCGGCCUUCCAAGCCUCUUUCUAACUUCAUGUUUAGUGGAAAAAUUAGCUUGACUAUUAUUUGCAAAAACCAAUCAGUCUCAAUAAAUUUUGAAAUUGCUGCUGUAAAGAAGUGA